AACGGCCCAACGUUUACGGCAGGAAAGGUAGGAUUUGAUUGGUUCUUUCAGUUGCCGUAAAUCGUUGCUGUGAAACCCGCAUGGACAGAGUUGGAAAGACGACGUGCGUAAGGACGAUUAAAUGAUGGAAGCCAAACCAACAAAACACUUCCACCCUAAAGGUGGGAAGAAGUUGGCACUUAAAGAUUCUCCUGGGAAAGCAGUUGGUAUUAAGCCAGGUGGCAAAAAGCCCUUUAAGCCAUACAUCAAGAAAGAAAUGAAGGGCAAAUUGGGGAAAAGUGGCGAUAACAACAAGAAACAUAAAUUUGCAGAAGAUGGAAAAGGACCAAAUAAGAGGAAAUUUCCAGUGGUCAAAGUUGAAGGAGAUUCUCCUGGGAAAGCAGUUGGUAUUAAGCCAGGUGGUAAAACGCCUGUUAAGCCAUACAUCAAGAAAGAAAUGAACGACAAAUUGGGGAAAAGUGGCGAUAACAACAAGAAACAUACAUUAGCAGAAGAUGGAAAAGGACCAAAUAAGAGGACAUUUCCAGUGGACAAAGGCGAUGGCGCUCCACAGGCAAAGAAGUUCAAGAAAGGCAAGUUUAAACCGGACGGGCAGACAGACGAAGAGCAGAAGAACCGGCUGCAAAAGAAGAAGGACCUGAAAAUGAAAAGACAGCAAGCAAAUCGAAAGGACACGUUCGAAAUCAUCAAUCAGGCCAAACUAUUGUGGGGAGACCUCAGGGGGAAGAAAUGUGACCGUGAUUUGAAAAAUAAGCUGUUGAAAGAACUUCAUGAACUGUUUAGGGGGAAGUACAAAGAGAUGUCAUAUGCUCACGACACCACACGAAUGUUGGAAUGUUUUAUCCAGUUUGGCAGCCACGAACAACGACAGGAAGUGUUUGAAUCACUCAAAGAUGAUAUCCUCCUUUUGUCUAAGUCACGGUACGGCAGAAACGUGGUGCAGAAACUGCUGAUGUAUGGAAACAAGAAUCUGGUGGGAGCUGUGAUACAGACAUUUAAAGGCCAUGUGCGUGUCAUGCUUCGCCAUGCUCUGGCGUCUAGCAUCAUUGAGCAUGCCUACACUGAGAAAGCUCCGCUCGUUCAGAGACAGAUGCUCAAGGAGGAACUUUACGGAACCACUUACACUGUCUGCAAGUCGUCUGUGUGCGACACCGUCCAUAAGGUUGUAGAGGCCAACCCAGAGAAGCGGGACUUCAUCGUCAAUGACAUGCAGCAGAUUCUUGCUCCCAUGGCCCAGAAAGAGCAGGUCAUCAAAAACUCGCUGGUCCACAAAGUCUUCUUGGACUUCUUCCUGCUGAGCCCCGACAAACAGAGAGCGGAGAUGAUUGAGUCCAUAAGGGAGUCCGUUAUCUACAUGGCUCACACCCAUGAUGGAGCACGAGUGGCCAUGUACUGUCUUUGGCAUGGGACAGCCAAGGACAGAAAAGUUAUCAUCAAAACAAUGAGGACGUACAUGGUAAAGGUUGCCAUGGAGGAAUUUGGCCACCUCGCUCUUCUCGCCAUGUUUGACUGUGUGGACGACACCCGGCUGAUCAAACAGGCAGUCUUGUCCGAGAUCAUGUCGUCAUUAGACGAAGUCGUCAGUAACAAAUAUGGCAAGAAAGUUCUGUUGUACCUGCUGACUCCCAGAAAUCCAGCUCACGUGCUGCCUGAGAUCAUCAAAGUGCUGGAGCAAGGAGAUGGCAACGCACACAGUAAAAAGGACAAAACCGCUCGGUGGAAAGAGCUGCUGGAGUUCGUCUCCCCGCUGCUACUUGAUUAUCUCCACAACAACGCUGCCUCCAUGGCCAUGACCAAGGCCAGCAGCGUCCUCGUGAAGGCCAUCCUGGCAUCGGCCUGCGGCGACCUGCGGCCCGCCAUGACUGCUGUGGCUCAACUGGCCAAUCAGAAGCUGAUACCAGCAGGCGUUAAGGGAGAGUUCCACAUGGCAGAACAUCCAGCUGGACACUUAGUGCUGAAAUGGCUCAUUGAGCAGGACGCCAUGCAGGCACAGGCUGGCAAAAAAGAGUGCUUUGCCAGGAUCCUGAUGGACACUGUAGACCUGGACAACCUGAAGACGUGGGUCCAAGUCAACAGAGGAAUAAUCGUGCUCUGCAGCCUCCUGAGGAGCUGUGACCAGACUGUGGCUGCAGAAGUGAAAGCUGCGCUGCAGUUCUUUCAACUGGACAACUGCAACCACAGGAAAGGAGCGGAAAUUCUGAUGGAGCAUUUGAAAGUGUGCAGUGCGACAGACACUAACCAGGACUGAGAUGCUGAUGAGCAAACUUUUUGUCACUGUUGUGUAAAAAAACAUUUUUGUGCAGUUGAAUAAGAGAUGAUUGUGAACAAGAUCCAUAAAGUCACACAAUUAUGUUCAAAGCAGAUCCAAACAAAAUUAUGUGAUGAAUCAAAAGUUACGGGGGAAAAAUGAUUCAAGAUGAGUUCUGCAAUGUAAAGAACAGAACUUUUUAGAAAACGAUUCCUGAAAUUUGAACCUUUUUGAGGAUUUUUGUGUUUUUAGUGACAUUUUGUUAAAACGUCCAAAUAUCUACAAAAAUAAAUAUUUGAAACACUUUAGUAG